AGUAAUAAUGAAGUGUAACAGACUUUGGGUUUUAGCUUGGAAUCUAACGUAUUUCAAGUUCGGAAGCUAAAAGUCCACAAUCAGCAACCAAAAGGAGCUCAGCUUUUCAGCAGAUCUCUUCCAGUUAUCUCCAACUCCAAGCUCAGAAUCCAAUUCCUUAUUCCUCUUCAAUUUCAGAUUUUUAAUCGAAUAACUCGAUCUGCCCAGGAAUCUUUCUUUCCCUCUCAUGGCCGAUCAUUUCCAUUGUCUUUUCCAAUGAAUGAUAGUUUUUGUUUUUGUUAUUCCAAUCCAAGUCCUCUUUGGAAAAGAUAAUGAAAGUUUUGAUUGUGGAGGCGAUACAGUUUCAUAUUCUACUACAGGAUCCAGCUGAUUAUUUCUCGUCGUGGAGAGAGCUUCCUUAGUGAACUAAUCCUUGGAGUUUCUUAGCAGGGUUUGGUUCAUGCUCUCUACCAAUUUAAUUGAUAGCAUUUAGUUCUCUUGUAAUGCAAUCGGUUAACGAGAACCAGAACAAUAAAUUGAAGCGUUUGAGAUCAUUCAGUAACGACAUGCCUGUGACUGACACCAUAGCUCCUCAAAAUCUUGAUGACUGCAUUUUUUUCCCUGUUGAGGAUAUUGUGCAAUCCCCAUUGCCAGGAUACGAUGCACCCACUUCAAUCAGUUUCAGUCCUGAUGAUACUUUAAUAACUUUCUUGUUUAGUCCCGAUCAAAAUUUGAGUAGAAUGGUGUUUGCUUUUGAUCUCAAGACUGGUAAACGGGAACUGUUUUUUAGUCCUCCUGAUGGUGGACUUGAUGAGAGUAACAUAUCGCCAGAAGAGAAGUUGAGAAGAGAGAGAUCAAGAGAACGUGGACUUGGAGUGACACGGUACGAAUGGGUGAAGACAAACUCAAAGAAGAAAGCAAUUAUGGUGCCUUUGCCUGCAGGGAUUUAUUUGCAGGAACUUUAUUCAUCAAAAGUGGAGCUUAAACUUCCUAGCUCACCAUUUUCACCAAUUAUUGAUCCACAUCUGUCCCCGGAUGGUACUAUGCUCGCUUAUGUGAAGGAUAGCGAGCUGCAUGUUUUAAAUCUCUUGUACAAUGAACCAAAACAACUAACACAUGGUGCACAGGGAAAUGUAGUGACUCAUGGCCUUGCUGAAUAUAUAGCUCAGGAGGAAAUGGACAGGAAAAAUGGAUAUUGGUGGUCACUUGACAGCAAAUUCAUUGCAUUCACAGAAGUUGAUUCAUCUAAGAUACCUCUUUUUAGAAUAAUGCACCAAGGUAAAAGUUCUGUUGGUGUAGAGGCACAGGAAGACCAUGCUUAUCCCUUUGCAGGAGCUUCAAAUGCCAAAGUUUGCCUUGGGGUAGUUUCUGUUGCUGGUGGUCCUACGACAUGGUUGGAUCUUGACUGUGGAGGAACUAAAGAACUGGACAACGAGGAGGAAUAUUUGGCCAGAGUCAACUGGAUGCAUGGAGAUAUCCUCAUAGCUCAGGUUCUAAACAGGUCUCACUCCAAAUUAAAGAUCCUGAAAUUUGAUAUUAAGACAGGGCAAAGAAAAGUUAUAUUGGUGGAAGAACAAGAUACAUGGGUUAAUUUACAUGAUUGCUUCACUCCUUUGGAUAAAGGUGUUUCUGAAUAUUCUGGAGGAUUUAUCUGGGCAAGUGAAAAAACAGGCUUUAGACAUUUGUAUCUCCAUGAUGCAAAUGGCCCAUGCUUGGCACCUAUCACUGAAGGCGAAUGGAUGGUUGAGCAAAUUGUUGGUGUAAAUGAGGCUGCAGGGCUUGUGUAUUUUACUGCAACUCUAGAUGGACCUUUGCAAUCUAACCUUUACUGCUGUAAACUUUACCCAGAUGGCAACCAGAACUCGCUUGGCCCAGUGAGAUUAACGCAUGGUAAGGGGAAACAUGUGGUUGUGCUUGAUCACCACAUGCGUAAUUUUGUUGAUAUUCACGAUUCCCUUGCCUGUCCCCCUAGGAUUUUGCUAUGCUCCUUGCUUGAUGGAACUGUAAUUAUGCCUCUGCAUGAACAGUCAUCUACCGUUCCACGAUUUAAGAGGCUUGAACUUGAGCCUCCAAAGAUAGUUCAGGUUCAGGCAAAUGAUGGGACCAUAUUAUAUGGAGCUUUAUAUAAGCCUGACCCAACAAAAUUUGGACCACCACCAUACAAAACCUUGAUCAAUGUGUAUGGUGGUCCAGGUGUGCAAUAUGUCUCUGAUUCUUGGUUAAAUACAGUUGACAUGAGAGCUCAAUAUCUACGGAGCAAAGGCAUUCUGGUAUGGAAGUUGGAUAAUAGAGGAAGUGCUCGGCGUGGGCUAAGGUUUGAAGGUGCUCUUAAAUACAAUGCUGGUGGUGUGGAUGCUGAUGAUCAGCUUGCUGGAGCUGAAUGGCUCAUCAAACAAGGGCUAGCAAAAGUUGGUCAUAUUGGGUUGUACGGUUGGAGCUAUGGGGGAUAUAUGUCAGCUAUGAUUCUCGCCAGGUUUCCUGACGUCUUCCGUUGUGCUGGAGCUGGAGCUCCUGUAACGUCAUGGGAUGGAUACGACACAUUUUACACGGAGAAAUAUAUGGGAUUGCCCUCCCAGAAUCCUACAGGUUAUGAAUACAGCUCUGUGAUGCAUCAUGUGCACAAGAUAAAAGGAAAGUUAUUAUUGGUGCAUGGAAUGAUUGAUGAAAAUGUGCAUUUUAGGCACACUGCAAGGCUUGUGAAUGCGCUGGUGGCAGCUGGUAAACCAUAUGAGCUACUAAUCUUCCCAGAUGAACGACACAUGCCACGCCGGCACAGGGACCGAGUUUACAUGGAAGAAAGGAUUUGGGAAUUUGUUGAGAGGAGUUUGUGAAUUGUGAAGUAAAUUAUUGCUUGUAGCUUGUUUAUAUGGGCUCACCUUGGUGCAACAAUAGUUGGCUCCAUUGUGACUAGAAGGUCAGCUGCUGGAGUCAGGGAAAAGAUCCUUUGUGGCUGGGAGGAAGAUCCCAGGUUCGAAUGAGUCGUGUAAACAGCUGGUGUUGUCCCACGUUAAAAUUUGUUGUACAUUGUGUAAAAAAUUUGGGACGACUACCCUUGUCACAUAAUAAUGCCCUUGUAUUAAAUGCUAUUGGGGCUUUCUUUUAAAUUUUACCUAAUUCAGGUGAUGGGGAUUGAAAAUAUUCUAUCUA